ACCCGCUGAAGCGGCGGAGAGCGAGCAGCAGCAGCAGCCGCGUGCAUGUCCGCGAGAAGCCGGGCGGGCAGGCUCCAGAGAGCGGGCUCGGGCUCUGGGUCCGGGUCCGGGUCUGGGGGUGAAGAUGAGCAGCGCUGGAAAGAGGAGAACGGCGGUGUGGAUGCACAUUACCUGAAGAGCGGGAAACCGGCGGGGGACGCGGCGCGAGGAUACCGGUACAACAUGAAGACACUGGACACCUUCCCCGGCCGGAGGAUGACCCUGCAGCGGGAAAAAGGUCGCAGGCAGGCUGUCCGCGGUCCGGCGUUCAUGUUCAACGCUCGUGGGAGCAGCCUGACCGCCGAAGAGGAACGCUUUCUCGACGCUGCGGAGUACGGCAACAUCCCGGUGGUCCGCAAGAUGCUGGAAGAGUCGGCCACCCUCAACGUGAACUGCGUGGACUACAUGGGGCAGAACGGACUGCAGCUCGCCGUGGGGAACGAGCACCUGGAGGUGACCGAGCUGCUCCUGCGGAGAGAAAACCUGGCGCGAGUGGGCGACGCCCUUCUGCUGGCCAUUUCCAAGGGUUACAUACGCAUCGUAGAGGCCCUGCUGGGUCACCCUUCGCUGGCGGGCGGAGAGCGUCUCACCCGCAGCCCCUGCGAGCUGCAGGACGACGACUUCUACUCGUACGACGAGGACGGCACUCGCUUCUCGCCCGACAUCACGCCCAUCAUCUUGGCCGCCCACUGCCAGAAGUACGAGGUCGUGCACAUGCUGCUGCUGAAGGGGGCGCGCAUCGAGCGGCCGCACGACUACUUCUGCAAGUGCGCCGACUGCACGGAGAAGCAGAGGAAGGACUCCUUCAGCCACUCCCGCUCCAGGAUCAACGCUUACCGAGGCCUGGCCAGCCCCGCAUACCUCUCGCUCUCCAGCGAAGACCCCGUCCUCACCGCCCUGGAGCUCAGCAAUGAACUGGCAAAGCUGGCCAACAUCGAGAAGGAGUUUAAGGAUAAAAAGAGGCAUAAAAAAGAGACGACGCAGCACAAUUGCUUCUCUCUGAAUGACUACAGGAAGUUGUCGAUGCAGUGUAAGGACUUUGUGGUGGGGGUGUUGGACUUGUGUCGGGACACGGAGGAGGUGGAGGCCAUUCUGAAUGGAGAUAUAUCAGCAGAGCUGGAGGAGGGCCAGCAUCACCGCUCUCUGCUGAGCAGAGUCAAACUGGCCAUUAAAUACGAAGUCAAGAAGUUUGUGGCUCAUCCUAACUGCCAGCAGCAGCUGCUGACGAUCUGGUAUGAGAACCUGUCAGGCCUGCGGGAGCAGACCAUCGCUGUGAAGUGUCUGGUGGUGCUGGUGGUGGCUCUAGGACUCCCUCUGCUAGCUGUGGGCUACUGGUUCGCUCCAUGCAGUAAGCUGGGGAAAGUCCUGCGCAGCCCCUUCAUGAAGUUUGUGGCCCACGCUGCGUCCUUCAUUAUCUUCCUCUGCCUGCUCAUCUUCAACGCGUCUGACCGCUUUGAGGGCAUCACCACUCUACCCAACGUCACGGUCACGGACUACCCGCUCCAGAUCUUCAGGGUGAAGACCACUCGCUUCACAUGGACUGAGAUUCUCAUCAUGGUGUGGGUGGCAGGCAUGAUGUGGUCUGAGUGUAAAGAACUGUGGACGGAGGGACCCAGGGAGUACAUCCUGCAGCUGUGGAACGUCCUGGACUUCGGCAUGCUCUCCAUCUUCAUCGCUGCGUUCACCGCCCGCUUCCUCGCCUUCCUGCAGGCCAUGAAGGCCCAAGAGUACGUCAACGAGAACAUCCAAGCCCCUGACCUGUCUCUGGUCACGCUGCCCCCCGACAUCAAGUACUUCACAUACGCAAGGGACAAGUGGCUUCCCUCGGACCCCCAGCUCAUCUCAGAGGGGUUAUAUGCCAUUGCAGUGGUCCUCAGCUUCUCUCGCAUCGCCUACAUCCUCCCAGCCAACGAAAGCUUCGGGCCGCUGCAGAUUUCCCUGGGGCGCACCGUUAAGGACAUCUUCAAGUUCAUGGUGCUGUUCAUCAUGGUCUUCCUGGCGUUCAUGAUCGGCAUGUUUAUCCUGUACUCCUACUAUCUGGGAGCCAAGGUUAACCCCGCCUUCACCACAGUUGAGGAGAGUUUUAAAACUCUGUUUUGGUCUAUAUUCGGCCUGUCUGAAGUCUCCUCAGUGGUACUAAAGUAUGACCACAAGUUCAUUGAGAACAUCGGUUAUGUUCUGUAUGGGAUCUAUAACGUUACCAUGGUUGUGGUUCUGCUCAACAUGCUCAUCGCUAUGAUUAACAGCUCCUACCAGGAGAUCGAGGAUGAUGCAGAUGUGGAGUGGAAGUUUGCCAGGUCUAAACUCUGGCUGUCGUAUUUUGAUAACGGUAAAACCCUGCCGCCUCCCUUCAGCAUCGUCCCCAGCCCAAAGUCCUUCGUCCACUGCAUCAGCAAACUCAUCAGCCUGCUGCGCUGCCGCCGCCGCCGCCGCCGCCUCAACAAGGACGUGGAGCUCGGCAUGGACAACUCCAAAUCCAGACUGAACCUCUUCACACAAUCCAACAUGCGUAUGGCUGAGUCUAACAGCUUCAGCAGCAUCCUCAACCAGCCCACCCGCUACCAGCAAAUAAUGAAGCGGCUCAUUAAGCGCUACGUCCUGAAAGCACAAGUGGACAAAGAGAAUGAUGAAGUUAACGAAGGUGAGCUGAAGGAGAUAAAGCAGGAUAUCUCCAGUCUGCGCUACGAGCUGUUGGAGGAGAAGUCUCAGGCUACAGAGGAGCUCUCCAUGCUCAUCCAGAAACUCAGCGAAAAAGUCAACCUGGGUCCUGUUCAUGCUCCAUAAACUGACCCCGUCUCACAUCUGUAAACACAGACAUAUCAAGCAGCCCUUAACAUUACAUUAGCACAGGGGUUUAGUUCAGUGUCAUUUAUUACUCUGCACAGUAAAUAUGAAGAGCACUUUUUAAAUUAUGAUUUCAUUUAUUAAGGGAACAAAAACUAUCCAAACCCAUCUAGCCCUGUGUGAAAGAAUAUUUGACCCCUCAUAGAUUAACUGUGAUUAAUCACAUUUGUUGGAAAGCUGAGUUCAAUUUUACUACUAACCACAACCAGGCCUGAUUACUGCCAGACCUGUAGAAUCAGGAAAUCACUUAAGCAGAACCUGUCUGACAACAUGAAGCAAAUACCAGAAAGCAAAUUGAAGAAAUUUAAAAAUAGAUGAAAGAAAAACAGAUGGAACACUGGUGAACCUUCACAGGAGUGACCAGCCGACAGAAAUUACUCCAAAAGGGCAUGAACAACUCAUCCAGGAGGUCACAAAAGAACCCAGAACAACAUUUAAAGAACUGCAGGUCUCACUUGCCUCAGUUAAGAUCAGUGUUAAUGAUUUAAUAAUAAGAAAGAGACUGGGUCAAAAUGGUCUCCAAGGGAGAAUUCCAAGAUAAAAAACAAUGCUGACCAAAAAGAACACAAAAGGAACACAUCUCACAUUUAUCAACAAACAUCAUAAUGAUCCCCAGAACUCUGGUUCAAUAUUCUUUAUACUGAAGAGACAAAAGUGGAACUUUUUGGAAGGUCUCUGUCCUGUUACAUUUGGCGUAAAACUAAUACAUCAUACUAAACUUAAAACAUGGUGGAGGUAGUGUGAUGAUCUGGGGCUGCUUUGCUGCUUCAUGAUCUGGACAACUUGCUGUAAUAGAUGGAAGCAGGAAUUCUGCUGUUUACCAGACAAUCCUGAAGGAGAAUAUCCGACCAUCUGUUCAUGACCUCAAGCUCAGGUGUACUUGGGUUCUGCAGCAGGACAGUGACCCAAAGCACACAAACAAGCCCACCUUUGAAUGAAUAAAAAAUUUAAAAUAAAAAAAUGAAGGUUUUGGAGUGGCCUAGUCAAAGUCUGAUUUAGAUGCUGUGAAUAAUCUUAAACAGACCGUUCAUGCUGGAAAAUCCUCUAAUGUGUUGAAUUAAACUGAAUUAAACCAGCUCUGUAAAUAACAGUUCUGUUAUUAGGUUUAGGGGCAGACUCUUUUUCACACAGGGCUAGAUUGUUUCCUUUAAUAAAUAAAAUUAUAAUUUAAAAAGUGCUUUUUAUAUUUACUCAGAUCUUUAUCUGAAAUUAAAGUUAGUUUGAUAAUCAGAAAAAUAUCAGUAUGAUUAAAGCAAAAACAAAAGAAAUCUGUAGGGGGCAAAUACUUUUUCACGCCACUGUAUAUGACUGGGGUGGGUUACAUGCUCUUUUGAACUCUAGCUCUUCUUUGAGACUCUCAGCUGAACUUUGCCCUCAGCUCAGGAGCACUGACAGCAGCCCCAACCACACAGAAACCUGAUAAGUCAGUCUUGGCUAUCUCCACCUUCUGCAAAUGGAAUGCUAAUGCAGCUUCUGUUGCCCCAGAGAGUCGACAUGAAGAAUCAGGAUGACACUGCGGGAAUUUCUCCACCUCAUUCACACGGUAUAAUUUUUUUUUUUCAGUUUAUUUAGUUUAUUGCGUCACUGUUUAAACUAAUAUUUCAUGCUACAUAUUGUCAUCAAAUAAUUUGUAUAAAGCUUCUGAAUGCAUUUGUCUGUGGCAGGCUGUGGUUAAAUACUGAGGCAGAGGUCAUUACAUAAACAGGAUGAAAGCAGUUCACUUUGAUCACUGAUCUAUUAUAGAAAGUCAAGGUCAAACAAAGCAAAACCAAACAAGCCUAACUGCUAGGUUUCUUAGUUAGCGAUUAACCUAAAGCUUUAAUAUUAAAUAAUUGAUACAGUGAAUGAAUCUCACAAGUGUUUCCUCAGGGACUGCUUGGAAACACCCACACCUGGUGUUUCCAGGUGUUGGUUGUGAGGUGUUAUCCUGUUAGUGAGGUUAAACACCUGCGCCUCCUGAAGUCCAUGUGAGUUAUCAGAGUUUAAGUGAGGCCUGAUGAAUGGGACAUUCUGUUUUUGGUCUAAAGUUGUGUGGCAUUACCACCUACAGUGGACAGUGCAGUAGGGUGUAAGGUAAUGAUUGUGACUAGCAGCUUCUGACUUUUAUUUGCAGAAAGUGUCAAUGUGACUAAAAAAAGCAAAGCAACCACAUCCACAUUUAAGCCCACAGACAUAUAGUAUUCACAGGUCCAGACGGAUUAGUUUCUCAGGGGGUCCUGGGGUAAUUUUCUCUUUUAUGGGGGGGUCCUCUGUGAUUUUAUUUCCGUUUGGAAUGACCAUGUAUGUGUUUUUCUUAGAUUUUCUCUAAGUAAAAAAAAUUACAGGCUGAAUUACCUACUGUUUUUCGCUGAACUCCAUGGUCCUCCAGUAAUUUUAUUCCCAUCCAGACUCACACCUCUAAGUUUUGUCAUCUCGCGUUUUAUAAAAUAGCUAUUUGUCAACUGCUAUUCAUUGUAAUUACAGUUUUGGGUGCACGUUUCCACGGAGAUCCACGUAAACACAACAGCGAGUGGAAAUGGAGAAGCUACUGAACGCGAUGUCGUGAUCAAAAAAGCCUAAAAACUCACUGGUCCUCCUGUUUUUGUAUUUUUUUUAAUUGCAAUCCAGAUUCAAUCCAGAUUCACUGAGUAAAAGUGUGAAAUAUUUUUCACAGACGUCCCCCUGAGAAACUAAUCCCGUCCAGAUAGGCUUAAGACGUAUUUCCGUUUAUUAUUUCCAUAAUUUACAUUUUCAGAAUGACACAAAUAUUGUAAAAGGGCCUGAAGCCAAAGUUUGGGCAUGCUACAUGGUCAGGACUAAGUAGCACCAUAUUGUGAAGUAUCACAGAUUGUAGCAGCUAAGAGUCUCUCAAUUCAUCUUUUUGGAAUUUUUGCCCAUUCUUCCAAGCAGGCAUUUUAGUUCUGUGAGACUCUUGUAUCAUCUUGUUGAACAUCUUUUUUGAAGUGUCUCCAAAGAUGUUCUGCUAUGUUCAGGUUGAGGAACUGUGAAGGCCAUGGCUCAGAUGGUGUGAAUGUGCUGGAAUUGAUUUGAGUCCACAAACAUCCCUUGUAUCACUGGCUGCAAUACAAGCCCAAAUCUUGGUUGACCCACCCUCGUGUUUAACAGGUGAAGAGAUGUUCUUUCCAUUCAAUUUUGAACCUGCUUUUUUCCCAAUGUACCUAUACUAAUUGUAGUCAAACAGUUUAACUUCAUUAGUCAACAGGACAUACAGCUCUGGAAAAAAUAAGAGACCACUUAAAAAUUAUGAGUUUCUUUGAUUUUACCAAAUUAAAAACCUUCUUAAAUAAAAUAAAGAAAAAGAUUGAUGACCACAAGCCAUCAAACCAGGCUGAACCGCUAUUGCAUAAAUUUAUCCAAAAGCAGUGUGUACGACUGGUGGAGGAGAACAUGCCAAGAUGCAUGAAAACUGUGAUAAAAAACAUGGUUAUUCCACCAAAUAUUGAUUUCUGAACUCUUAAAACUUUUUGAAAAUGUUGUCCAUAGUUUAUAGAAUAAAACAACAAUGUUCAUUUUACUCAAACAUAAACAUAUAAAUAGCAAAAUCAGAGAAACUGAUUCAGAAACUGAAGUGGUCUCUUAAUUUUUUCCAGAGCCUUAUGUGCAGAAUGCCCUCAGGCCCGAGAAACCAACCAAACUUUUACACAUGUCUCUGUUUCAAUGCCUUUUGGAGAAUUAUAAAUCACAGUAACAGAAAUGUUUUAUCCAGGGGUGCCCAAACCUUUCAUUCUAUUGUAUAUAGAAAUUGCUGAUUUAUCAAGAAGUUAUUCAAAUGUAAUCAAUGAUAAGACAAACCUUGAAAUGGGUCACACACUAAUAUACUGUAAACAAUGAUUGUAAAACACAGAUUUAUGGAAAUGUCAGUCACACAGUGGGACUUCACAUAGCUGUUGUGUGCUCUGGCCUGAACACAGUUUUACAGAUCUAUGCUGUAUAUAAACUGAGGAAUGUGAAGUGAAGCCUGAUCAGGUUUAUUAGAGUGAAUGAUUCAGACUGUGUGAUAGAUAAAGAAUAUAAUAAAUGACUCUUUGAUUCUCUG